UUUUUUUUUUCUUGUCUUUUUUCCUUAAAAAAAUUUAAAUUUGCUCAAUAAUUGUUAUUCACACAAAAUUAAAACCUGCGAUAAUCAAUCUGGGUGGUGUGAUCUGAAAUGGGUUCCAGCAGUAGUCGAAUCGGUCCGGGUCAAUCAUCUGAGCCAUCGAGAAUCCAUCGAACUAAACGAAAAAUAUCUUCUUUACUACUUUGUGGUCUUACCAACAAUUCUCCUUCCCCUAUUUUAGAGUUGGAAUCACCAAUAAACUCUAUAGAAAAUCUUCCUCCUACUAGUGUCGAAUCUAUAAGCACUGCAGGCUUGUCUUCUUCUAUCUUUGGCUCUGAACCUGCUUGCACAAGCUCUAAAACCUCUGAGACAGAACCCGAAGAAUCUGAAAGCUGUAAUAGCAGCACAAAGAAUGCUAGCACUUCCUAUGAAAGCCAACCGAUCCAAGAAGCAGUCUCUGGGAAUUAUGGGCCAGACUUGGUUUCUGCUUUAGACUCGCAUAGUGUGGUGAAUGAUGGUAGUUUGAGCUCAUCUGACAGUAUAAUUCAAGAAAAUCUUGAUUCCAAUGAAAACUCAGGGCAAACUCAUAGUGAUAUAACUAGAAAUGUGGAUUCUGAUACACGGGCUUUGUUGGUUCUUUCGGAUUCAUUCCUAAGCCUUCGGAUGUUUGGAAGUGGUCUGACAACUUCUGGACCAGGGAUCCUUGUUGUUGAUACAGUGAGUGUGUCUCCCAAUAUGUCCUCAGGUGCUGUUUCUGAUCUUGAUAGUCUUGAAGCAAGAAGGAAUGGUGGGAGACUCUUUGGGGCUGCUUCUUCGAGACGUAGCUAUAGAAGGGAAAGUGAUUUUCCAGCACUUCUUUUAACAACGGGACUUGCGGAUGAUUUAGGAUCCCGUGAUAGAUGGCUUCUGGAUAUUAGUGGUGAUCUUGGUCGUGAUUGGCGUGGACAUGGUUAUUCUAGAAGUAGAAACGAAGAGCGAAUGCGCUUUAGAUCACAGAUGUCAGAAAGAGGUUUAGGUAGCUUUGAUGAGCACGAACACCAAACUAGAUUUUGUGCAUCUGGGCUGCACCGUGAAGGUAGAUGCUCAUGUGGCCGGUCUUUCGUUGGUGAAGAGACUGCUUCCUUUGGAAGUAUAUCGCGUGUGGUCUUGCUUGCUCAGGCGUUGUCUGAGGUAUUGGAUGAAAUCCACAGGCAGCCUUUAUCCUUUUCAAUGCCGAUGCUCUCACUACCUGCACCAGAGUCUGUUGUAGAUUCAUUUCUCCUUAAAAGUCACAAGAAGAUGAAUGCAUCUGAAAGCGGCCCAAACUAUGUGCAACAGUGCUACAUAUGUUUGGUUGAUUAUGAGGAAGGAGAUAAAAUAAGGGUUCUUCCAUGUCAACACGAAUAUCAUGCCCCUUGUGUCGACAAAUGGCUUAAAGAAGUUAACGGUGUGUGUCCAGUAUGUAGGUGCAACGUUUGUGACACCCCUGCAACCUCCCAGGCUUCUGUCUCGAGCUCAGAACUGCCAGUUUGAUGCUGCAAUUGUAUAUAUGCACGUGUAAACACACAGAAACAUAGUAUGUAAAUAUUGAAGACUUAGAUACAUCUUCUGAAUUUGUAACCUUCUUGAUCUAGUCUGUUUCACGACACUAAUAUUCUGGUUAUUAGCUGAAAUACACAAGCAUGUACCUUGAAAGAAAACUUUAGACAUUCAAUGGUGGAACUACAUGGAAGCUAAGAUUGGCCA